AUGCAAGUACAUGAAGAGUUUACAAAAUGGGCUGUUGAUCAUGGCGCCAUCAUCGAUGGAGUCUCGCCGUUCCGAUUUCCAGGAAAGGGUUUGGGACUGGUUGCGAACAAGAAUUUCGAGAUAGGCGAUACUCUGGUGCGGGUGCCCAUAAAGGUGCUUCGUAAAUCUACAGAUGUGCCUUCUCAGUAUUCCGGGUUGGCACCAAAUGUAAAUGUUCAUGCGCUUCUGGCUCUGACCUUGGAUUCUCUGCUCGGGCCAGAAUGGAAAGCCGCCCUUCCUUCCAAACAAGACAUGCAUAGCUCCAUGCCCUUGUUUUGGGAUCCCUCGUUAUCGGAGCUUCUUCCAUACUCAGCGCAAACUCUCCUGAAAGUGCAGAAAGAGAAGAUCGGCUCCGCCUGGACAGUUAUCUGUAAAGCGUUCCCGGAACCACCAAUAUCGUACGAUGAAUUCAUGUACAACUAUAGUAUUGUCAACAGUAGAACAUUUUAUUAUCUCUCACCAACUAUCAAAUCCUCUAAACUCCAACCACCGAAGGAGGAUCGCCUUGCGUUGAACCCAUUCGCAGACUACAUGAACCAUAGUUCACAACCCACGGUUAAUGCGACCCUUAGUCGCGCUGGCUACACACUUACGGCCUCACAGCCGAUAAAGGAAGGUUCCGAAGUGCAUAUUUCAUACGGAAGUCACAACAACGAUUUCUUACUCAUCGAGUACGGACGUCAUGGAAACAAUUCAGAGGAUAAACAAAACACGCGCAGGGCUGAAUGGCCAGAGAGAUACGUUGAAUGGACGCUCAAAACAGCUUGUUAUGCUGUUGGAAGGGGCCUUGAAUCGAAUAAAAUGCUGAAGCUCACCAAGCUCACUGCGAUUAUAUGA